UGGACAGCGACCUCACCUGCUAGUGAGCUGGUUAGUCUAGUCUUCCUUGCUUGUCUUUUUCCGACAGUCACCGCCCCCGCUCCUCGUCACGGCCCUCAACCCGCCGCCGGCGACAGAGGAUCGAUCUCGCCGAAAACCUUCCUGCCCCGGUCAGCGCAGUCCCCUCCAUCGGUUUCCUCGUGCGGUUUCGCCUCCGGCGUCCGUCGCACGUGCCACCUCGCGGCGCCGGCGAGCUUCCCGCCGACUACAGAAGAGAACUCUGCUUCAGCCAGGCCCUAUGUCUACGGAAUGGGAGGGAGCACAAGCCAAGAAGCCUCUCUUGGUGACCGGGAACAACAAAGCUUCUUCCAUUUGGGUGGUGGUCGCUAGCACUGCCGUCGCCGUUGCUGGAUCCUUCGUGUUCGCCAUCUCGGUGGGCUACUCAUCACCAUCUCAGGAAGGCAUCAUGCGGGAUCUUCAUCUUUCCUUAGCUGAGUAUUCUGUCUUUGGCUCGAUAUUAACCAUCGGAGCAAUGCUAGGCGCUAUUCUCAGUGGUACCAUAGCAGAUUGGGUUGGUCGAAGAUGUGCAAUGGCAAUAUCAGAUGUGUUCUGCAUUCUUGGAUAUCUCCUUAUAGUCUUUUCUAAGAACUCUGUGUGGCUCGACCUUGGGAGGCUCUCAAUUGAAUGUGGAAUCGGCCUUCUCUCAUAUGUGGUCCCAGUAUAUAUAUCAGAGAUAACACCCAAGAAUCUUAGAGGACGGCUCGCAGCUGUAAACCAGCUUAUGAUAUGUUGUGGGGCAUCACUCGCGUAUGCUCUGGGGACAUGUAUCACCUGGCGCACCUUGGCAAUCGUAGGAGUGACACCAUGUUUACUGCAGCUGGUUGGCCUUCUUGUGAUUCCCGAAUCUCCCAGGUGGCUGGCUAAGAUCGAACACUCAGGUGCACUUGAGGAAGCGUUACAGAAGCUAAGGGGAAAAGAAACUGAUAUCUCCGAAGAGGCAGCAGAUAUCAAAGAUUUCACAGAAAAGAUUCAGCACCUGCCACAGUCAAAGAUGUUGGACCUAUUUCAGAAGGAUUAUAUUCAUGCUGUCACCGUUGGAGUUGGGCUAAUGGUCCUUCAACAGUUUGGUGGAGUGAAUGCAAUAUGCUUCUAUGCCAGUGAGAUAUUUGUUUCGGCUGGUUUCUCGUCAGGGAACACCGGAAUGCUCGCAAUGGUUGCGGUUCAGAUUCCGAUGACGGCACUUGGGGUGCUUCUGUUGGACAAGGCUGGAAGGAGGCCACUUCUGGUGGUCUCUGCAGCUGGGACAUGCCUGGGUUGCCUACUAGUUGGCCUCUCAUUCUUGUCCAAGAUCUUUAGUGGAUCUUUCUCACUGGGUAUGGGAGGAAUUCCAUGGGUUAUAAUGUCAGAGAUCUUCCCCAUACACAUGAAAGGGUCAGCAGGAAGCCUGGUGACCUUGGUGAGCUGGCUCGGCUCAUGGAUCGUCUCGUAUGCCUUCAACUUCCUCCUGGUGUGGAGCUCCUACUGUAUAUACAUUUGUAGCAUAGAAAAUGGACCUUUUGAUCAAAAGAAUAGUUCCGGUUGACCAGAAGUUUUGUUGAUGUUUUUGUUUUGUUUUGCCUGUACACACGACGGAUUAAUUUCAGGUACAUUUUUCAUGUUCGCGAGCAUUUGCGGGCUGACUGUUGUAUUUGUGGAGCGGCUGGUGCCAGAGACUAAAGGAAGGACCCUGGAAGAGAUUCAAGGGUCCAUGCACUCGUCAUUGACGCCAGUUUCUUCUCGAAUUAACUGAGCCACGUAAAUUAAUUACUCCCUCUGUUCCAUAAUUAUUGUCGUGGUUUUAGUUCAAAUUUGAAUUAUUGUCGUGGUUUUAAUUCAAAUUUAAACUAAAACCACGACAAUAAUUAUGCAAUGGAGGGAGUACAUGGCUUGGUUUCCCUUUUUGUGUUAGGUUUCAGUAUGUAUCUGGGAUAUUGUGACUAGUGUGCUCUACAUAUAUAUGGCGUCGUUACUUCUCAGACGACUGGCAAAUAACCUACAAAGAACAUAGGUUAUUUGCGGGGUGGUUUGAUCUCUACUUAUAUCCCAAAUGAGCCGAGCGAGCUUGAUAAGGCUGGACUAGAUGCCUAGCAUGGAUCUUGUAAACCGUGCAAUAGUUAAUCGAGA